CGACAACCACUGCUCAUGAUGGAGGCCAUCAAGAAAAAGAUGCAGAUGCUGAAGCUGGACAAGGAGAACGCUUUGGAUCGUGCCGAACAAGCUGAAGCUGAGCAGAAACAGGCAGAGGAGAGAAGUAAACAGCUGGAAGAUGAGCUGGCAGCCAUGCAGAAGAAGCUGAAAGGGACUGAGGAUGAGCUGGACAAGUAUUCUGAGGCUUUGAAGGAUGCCCAGGAGAAACUGGAGCUGGCUGAGAAGAAGGCAGCUGAUGCUGAGGCUGAGGUGGCCUCCUUGAAUCGUCGGAUCCAGCUGGUUGAAGAGGAGCUGGACCGAGCUCAGGAGCGCCUGGCCACUGCCCUGCAGAAGCUGGAAGAGGCAGAGAAAGCGGCUGAUGAGAGUGAGAGAGGCAUGAAGGUGAUUGAGAACCGGGCUUUAAAAGAUGAAGAAAAGAUGGAGCUCCAGGAAAUCCAGCUGAAGGAAGCGAAGCACAUUGCAGAAGAGGCCGACCGGAAGUAUGAGGAGGUGGCUCGUAAGUUGGUCAUUAUUGAAGGGGACUUGGAACGCACAGAGGAGAGAGCUGAGCUGGCAGAGUCUAAGUGCUCUGAGCUGGAGGAGGAGCUGAAGAAUGUCACCAACAACCUCAAGUCUCUUGAGGCUCAGGCGGAGAAGUACUCUCAGAAAGAAGACAAAUACGAGGAAGAGAUAAAGAUUCUUACCGAUAAACUCAAGGAGGCAGAGACCCGUGCCGAGUUCGCUGAGAGAUCGGUAGCCAAGCUGGAAAAGACCAUUGAUGAUUUGGAAGAUGAACUCUAUGCCCAGAAACUGAAGUACAAGGCUAUUAGUGAGGAGCUGGACCACGCCCUCAAUGACAUGACCUCUAUAGCGUCUCUACAGCCAACUUGAGCGAAACCGGCUGCUUUCUAAUGAGCUGAAGCUAACGCUGCAUGAUCUGUGUGACUGAUGGGCAGGCUCCGUGCUGAUGCCCAUUAAACCGAGCUCACUGCUCACGCCAUUGACCGGACCCCCAGCACAAAGCCGAUUGCCUUUUUAAAACUAUGAUUUUGCCCUCAGCAAACCACAGCACUCAGUCGCGUGUUACUUGGGGCAGUUAGGCCCUAGUGUGCUUUAAGAACAAGUUUAUUUCCUGAGAGCAUUGUCAAGAUGGGACUGUCAAUGCGUGCGUUCUCUUCAAGACCUGAUGGGCGAUGAAGGGAGGGUCCUGGGCGCGUGGUGGUGGGAGUGUGAUCUGUUCCCCCUUCAGUGGCUCCUUCACGGGUGCACUGACUGUAGGAUGUGUUCCCCCACGGGGGUGCUUUCUAACAAUAAAAGGCCUGACUU